GACGUCACCGGGCUGUCUCUCAGUCCCUUCCUGCUGCAUCACAACAGCCGUUAGUAGCUCCAGUAGCACUAGUGACCGGGGGGACAGGAUAUCCACAGCUAAUUCAUUGAUAAAAUAACUCUGUUGACGUUGCAACACUCAACAACAUCCUAACACGGGGGUAACAGACAGGAACUGGUUGCAGUGCGAUAACCCCGCUCCAGCUGUUGGGAUAUGGCCAGGCCGGAACAGGUUCUGCUCUUGGAGCCUCAGCAAGAACUGAAAUUCCGAGGUCCUUUCUCAGACGUGGUCACCACAAAUCUCAAGCUCUCCAACCCUACAGACAGGAAUGUGUGUUUCAAGGUGAAGACGACAGCGCCGCGCCGGUACUGUGUGCGGCCAAACAGUGGAAUCAUCGAUGCAGGCACCUCAAUCAACGUCUCAGUUAUGCUGCAGCCUUUUGACUACGACCCCAAUGAGAAGAGCAAACACAAGUUCAUGGUGCAGUCCCUGCUAGCACCUCCUGACAUGACCGACAUGGAGGGAGUGUGGAAGGAGGCUAAGCCAGAAGAGUUGAUGGACUCCAAGCUGAGGUGUGUUUUUGAGAUGCCAGCAGAGAACGAAAAAACGCAUGACAUGGAGUCCAACAAGAUGAUGUCGUCCAACUUGCUGAAGUCAGAGUCCUCCGCGCUGCCUCUUAAGUCAAUGAGCUCCACCCUUGAUGACGGGGAGGUAAAGAAGAUCAUGGAGGAGUGUAAGAGGCUGCAGAUGGAGGCUCAGAGGCUACGGGAAGAAAACAAACAGAUAAGGGAGGACGAUGGUCUGCGGAUGAGGAAGAGUAACAUGGUGUCAUCUCAGCACUCCUCAGUUGGCAUGAAGAAAGAGGAGGGGUUGAGCGCCCGUACGGUGGCCCUCAUCGUACUCUUCUUUGUGGUGGGCGUCAUCGUGGGCAAGUUGGUCUUGUAGAUGGCAGCGCAGUUCGGUCGGCCGCAGCAUGCUUUCAGGGGAUGAAAACAAACACGGGAUCUGGGAUUUUGGAUCAGAAAUGCCAUAUCCGCUGGGUGGGGGGGUGGUACUAGUUUUGAUUCAGUCUUAUUUAUGUAAAAAAAAUUCAAAAGUAAUGUAUGAGGGGAAAAAAAGAAGAAACGAUGAUUCAUCAUCUUAUGAACAAACCUACUGUUACAGGUCUUGCCUCUACGUAAUCAUCACAUAAUCAUUCUGGCCCUCUUCCCAAAGUUUCCUGUAUACAGAUGACUGGUUCUGUGGGCGGGGGGGAAUGGAAACGUGAUUUAAUGCUAGUGAUUCAGACCAAUGGUUUUUCUAACACCGACGCAGUAGUGUUGGUGCGAUUGAGUCAGUUUGCAAUUGUGUGAAUGUCCUUUUAGUGUAUUGUUGUUUCUUUUUCUAAAUGACGGAGGCCAGAGCCUAUGUAUAUGUAUAUGUAACCCCCCAAACUGUACAGUAUAUCCAGGUGUUCCUUACAGCUAAACCCCCUUUAAGGAGGGGAUUUACCAGAGAGAUGAUCCACACAGUCGGGGUUACACACAGGGCUAUCAAACUGACUCCUCCAAUCAGAGGCUUUGUCAUAUCGGCUUGUCUUUGAUUGUUGAGCAACCUUGAUCAGUGUAUGAAACACUAUACCAUAGGUAUUUUCUUUCCUCUUGUCCUUUUUAUUUUCACUCUACCUUAAUCCCGUCACCUGUCACUCAGUGCUCACCACAUCCCCAGUUGUCAGUGGGGGAUGUUUGAUUGCAUGCAUUCACACAGAGUGUUGCAUCUGGACUUUUGAAUCUAAUUUAAUUGCUUUUAUAAUGGUGGUAAUAAUAUGUCAUUUGGCUGUAGGUUUGCACAACUACAUUUUCUGAUUUUCUUUUUCUUCCUCUUGUGUUCCGUUGCAUUUUUAUGAUUUUAAGUAAUUUUUUGUUUUAAGGGUUGAAGCAUUUAAGAGUAUUGCAGCUACCAGAAAUGAGCUCCAGAUUUGUAGGAUUAGAUCAUUUCUGUAAAUGUUCUCCAGAUGAAAGCCUUGCCUUGUGACCUGUUUGGGCAAGUUAUUCUCAGGCCAAGAUGGAGGUGCAUAUACAGUGCUUUAAUAUACAUAUAACAUACACACAUAUAUAUAUAUAUAUAUAUAUAUAUAUAUAUAUAUAUAUAUAUACAGGUGUAUGUAGAAGCGAAUGGUUAUGUGUUUCCUUGGCAACAUCAACAACACCAAGGUCCUGUUACAAUGUCCUAAUAAAGGGACCAUGGUCUUUUCCAGUUUUCUCAUAUUUUCCUACUGAGCCAUACAUUUGUUGACAUUCUGUUUUGUUCGGGGCAAAUGUAUGUCAGAGAUCAACUGAGUGUUUUAAGCUGCCUGCUCCAGCUCUCCACUGCUGGUGAGUUUGCUGUUUUCUUUUUUUCACUCCACUGCAGGCCUGUGUUCAGUUUGCGGUGUUUGCAUUUCAUCAUUUAUCUGUUGCUUAUUAAUGUUAUAUCCUCACUGCAUUUGAAGUCGUGUUCAUUUUAAAUGCACAAAGAUUAAGAGUGUCUCUCCUUUGAUCUUCCUGCAGCAUACAACGUUUUUUUUUUCCUCUCAAGCAAGAGGGGGGGAAAGCUUAUAGCCUUGAGGGGACCACAUGAUGGCAUUGUACUGUUCCAUAGCCGAUGGUUAUUUUUUUUUGUCAGAAAUAAACAAACAAAAAACUCAAAUUGUUUCAUCUCUAAAUUUGCAUGAGGAAAAAAGCAAUGGAGAGUGUCAUUCUACUUUGAAAUAUUUGACAGAAAAAGAGAAAAGAGCAGUCAGUCAUAUUUUUAUCCCACUGUAUCCACAUAAGAUGAGUAAACAGGAGUGUAUUCCCCUUUGUUAAUCUGAAAGAAAAAUUAUGAAAUGCCACUGUCUUUUCAUGUUAAGUGAAGUGGAAGACAAUGGAUCUGACUGGUGGGGAAGAGAUUAACAUAAACAUGAGCUUGUGUUUCUACUGUAUCUCUGUAAAGUUGCUGGGUUGAGGAUGACUUGUUGCUUAGAGGGAGGGCAGAGUUGACCUGAGCUACAGUCCCAUCUUGGGUUACCAGACCUGGGUCACAUAGUACUUGCAGAAAAUUCUUCUUGUUCAAUGAAUCCUGUUUGGAGUAUUAGAAUAUUUUACUUAAGGAAAAUAUUCCAAAGUACCAGUAUAUACUGUUAUGUAAUUAAGAUUUUACCACUGUCCUGCUCUGAUACAGUAAACCCCACUGAUGUGGUACUCCAAGUAGGAUUAAACAAACAAUAAUAAUUACAUGUAAAUACUAAUUGAUCCAGGCCUGGUUGUAAAACACACUACACUGACCUGUUCUGGAGUCUCUGACCAUCACCAUAAUCAAUGUAAGCAGUCGGCAAACUGUUUUGUAUGUAUAUAAAUAAAUAAAUAAGUCUAUCUGAGAAGAAAAUUAAUAUUCCUAGUCAAGUAGUCUCUGGUGUAUAAAAACAACCCAACCUGGUUGGACUAUGUAGCAUCUUAAUAAAUUAAAUGAAUAAAGCCCCUA